GGCCCAGUAACAGAGAUACCCCAGAGAGAUGUCCCCGUCCUCUGUAUUCCCAGGACUGUACAGAGGAGAAUCACAGGAUCCCACAGGAGGAUCAGGUAGAACUUCUGUCUAAUAUUAAAACAGAAGAUACAGAGGGAGAAGAAGAGACGUAUGUGACUGAUAUAAAGGAAGAAGAUAUAGAGGGAGAAGAAGAGACGUAUGUGACUGAUAUAAAAGCAGAAGAUAUAGAGGGAGAAGAAGAGAUGUAUGUGACUGAUAUAAAGGCAGAAGAUAUAGAGGGAGAAGAAGAGAUGUAUGUGACUGAUAUAAAGGCAGAAGAUAUAGAGGGAGAAGAAGAGACGUAUGUGACUGAUAUAAAGGAAGAAGAUAUAGAGGGAGAAGAAGAGACGUAUGUGACUGAUAUGAAGGCAGAAGAUAUAGCGGGAGAAGAAGAGACGUAUGUGACUGAUAUGAAGGGAGAAGAAGAGACGUAUGUGAGGGGUGAUCAGCAGUGUAAGGAGGAGGAGAUCCCUACAGAUAUCAGCACAGCAGAUGGACACACAAUCAGGAAUAUCUCAGAAGGACAUCUAAUGUUAUCCCCGGAUUGUGACAUAAAAGAUAAUGACAGCAGACAGGAUUUUCCAGGAGAUAACCCCAUUACCCCAAUUAAACAUCCAGCUCGAUCAGCUGAUCCCUCUGAUCCUGGGAAAUGUUCUCCUGAUCACUCUGAUAUUGGUGUAUCUGUUACAGCACUGCCAGUAGAUACAGUGUUUCCCUGUUCUAUAGAUGCCAAAUGUUUUACACAGAAAACAAAGCUUAUUACCCAUCAGCCAGCUAAGGCAGGUGAGAAGCCAUUUCUAUGUUCUGAGUGUGGAAAAUGUUUUACAUACAAAUCAGCUCUUGUUACACAUCAGAGAAGACACACAGGUGAGAAGCCAUUUCCAUGUGCUGAGUGCGGGAAAUGUUUUACCCAGAAAUCACAACUUGUUACACAUCAGCGAAGUCACACAGGUGAGAGGCCAUUUCCAUGUUCUGAGUGUGGGAAAUGUUUUACAUACAAAUCAAAUCUUGAUGCACAUAAGAGAAAUCACACAGGUACAUCACCAUUUCCAUGUUCUGAGUGUGGGAAAUAUUUUGCAUGUAAAUCACAACUUGUUGCACAUCAGAGAAGUCACACAGGUGAGAAACCAUUUCCAUGUUCUGAGUGUGGGAAAUGUUUUGUAUGGAAAUCACAACUUGUUAUACAUCAGCGAAGUCACACAGGUGAGAAGCCAUUUCCAUGUUCUGACUGUGGAAAAUGUUUUGCACGGAAAUCAGUUCUUGUUACACAUCAGAGAAGUCACACAGGUGAGAAUCUAUUUCCAUGUUCUGAGUGUGGGAAAUGUUUUGUAUGGAAAUCACAACUUGUUAUACAUCAGCGAAGUCACACAGGUGAGAAUCUAUUUCCAUGUUCUGAGUGUGGGAAAUGUUUUGCACAGAAAUCAGAUCUGGUUAGUCAUAACCGAAGUCACACAGGUGAGAAGCCAAUUUCUUGCUCUGAGUGUGGGAAAUGUUUUACCCGGCAAUCACAUCUUGUUAUACAUCACAGAAGUCACACAGGUGAGAAGCCAUUUCCAUGUCCUGAGUGUGGGAUAUGUUUUGCACACAAAUCAAAUCUUGUUUUUCAUCAGAGAAAUCACACAGGUGAGAAGCCAUUUUCUUGCUCUGAGUGCGCGAAAUGUUAUACUCAGAAAUCACAACUUGUUAGACAUCAGAGAAGUCACACAGGUGAGAAUCCAAUUACUUGCUCUGAGUGUGGGAAAUGUUUUACAUGGAAAUCACAACUUGUUAAACAUCAGAGAAGUCACACAGGUGAGCAGCCGUUUCCAUGUUCUGAGUGUGGGAAAUGUUUUGCACAUAAAUCAUAUCUUAUUAAACAUCAGAGAACUCACACAGGUGAGAAGCCAUUUUCUUGCUCUGAGUGUGGGAAAUGUUUUACACAAAAAUCACAUCUUGUUACACAUCAGCGAAGUCACACAGGUGAGAAGUCAUUUCCAUGUGCUGAGUGUGGGAAAUGUUUUACACGGAAAUUUCAACUUGUUACACACCAGAGAAGACACACCGGUGAGAAGCCAUUUUAAUCUUCUGGAGUAUACUUAUCAUUGCCAUGCGAUGUUCUUCAAGGUUCUUAUCCUACCUCCUGUGCUUUUUUCAAUAUACAUGCUACCACUGGGUAUAAUAAUCAGAUGUCAUGCCAUCAUCUACCACUGCUAUGCAGAUCUGUCUUUUGCUCCACGUACUGAAAACCCAGUACCAAUCCUAAAUGUCUAGCUGAGCUCCAGGUGUGGGUGAUGCCAGUUGGCUGUGACUCAGUCCUGGUGAAACAGGUUCUUAUGGUAGAAGCUCACCAUCAAAGGGCAGGGCUACAGCUCAGCUUCGUAAACCAGACUUACGCUUGGGGGUUCAGAGUCACAAAAUGCUGAUCCUGUGCGGAAUAUUGGUGUCCUGGAUGGUGGAGUGACACUUAGACAUCAGGUAUCAGCCACAAUCAGAUCCUCAUCUGAGGAACAGAGCCAGACUCCAGCACUUAUUUCCCUCAGAAGAUCUACCUACAGUCAUACAUGCACUUGUAUCAUCACACAUAGACUACUGCAAUGUCCUCUACCUGGGUCUCCCAGCAAAAGAAUUACACCACUUGUAGCUUGUACAGAAUGCAGCAGCCAGGCUGUUAUCUAACCAGCCCGUUCCUGCCACAUAACACCCAUUCUCUGCUCCCUUCACCGGCUGCCUGUAAGAUGGUGACUCUGGCCCUAAUUCAGGUUGGAUCGCAGUGUGUGAUCCAAACUGAAUUAUUCAGUAAAAGUUGCGGGCGCAUCCACCCGCGUUUUCUGCGGUAGGGCCACAGAAAAUGCGAUUGCCUGUCAGGCAGAGGCAGUCACUGGGGUGGCAGGGAAUGCUCCGUUUCCAGGGAGGAGACGGAUCAGUGUGGGGGCAGUGUGGCACGAACGGAGGGCAGAGGAGGACAAAUGGGCAUGAUCACGGUGGCUUUGUGACAUCAGAUGCAGCCGCCUUGAUUGAGGAGGAUGCGGCGGGCCUCCUGCGGCAGCAUGAGGCUUCACUAAUUUCUACGAUGAAGCAGAAAUUGUGAGGCAAUUGCAAUUUCUGCUUCAUCAAGGGGGGAGGCGGUGGUCAGCAUGCUGGGUGGCCUUGCCCUGCGAUGGGCGGCCCCUAGCGCGCAAGGAAAAGUAUUGCAAAUUUGACUAAUUAGCAGCAUCUACAAUCCUUACUGAAUUAGGCCCUCUAUUAAAUAAUUUACUGACUCUCCCAGCCUUGCAUGACCAUGGUACCAGAAGCAGCUUCUGCCUCCGUACUACCCUGGUUUCUUCCAUCUGUUGAUGAAGGACUGUUAGCAGUACCAUAGAUUCCCAAGCAGUGCUUAGAUGUCAGGGGAGACGGUGGGUGGCAGUAGUGCAGUAGCGGGGGCUGCUGGAGGCAGUGUGUAAGUGGGUAAUGUUCCCAAGCAGCGCUGAGGAGGGAGACAGGGCAGGGGGCAGU